AUGGGGGCGGGGGGCUCGGCCGCGGCUGGGACUCAUUUCCCGGCGGCGGAGGGAGCGGGCGGUGCGGCGGCCGCCGCCAUCUUGGAUUUUACUCGCCAUUUUUCUGAGGAAUUAUUUUUGGUGAUUAAUUUUUCGGGGGGACGGGCAGUGUGGCCGGGCGGCGCGGGCCCCCCAGCGCAGCGGCCCGGCGAGGAGCUCGACGCGCUCGGAGGAGCGGGCGCCGCGGAGAGAACAUUGAACUUAUUCUCUGAGCUUUUUGAAGAGAGUGACUAA